CCGGGACAGGCGGAGGGAAGAGAAGGGUCCGGCGGGGAAACAGCGAGGAUGGAGCGGUGUGGGGCAGCUCCCCCGGGAGGAGAGGCUGCGGGACCCGGGCCUGGUUCGUGUGGAGAACACUAAGGGGCGGAUCCCGUUAAUUCAUAGAGGUAUCUCCAAGGGGUGCCAGUAGGGCGGUGCCAGACUGUCUUCAGUGGUGCCCAGUGACAGGAUCAAGAGUAAUGGCCAUGAACAAAAACAUGACAAGUAUCACCUCAAUAUGAGAAAAACUCCUUGACACAAGUGUGGCAGAGCACUGGGACAGACUUGGAGGCCAUGGGAGUCUCCCUUUCUGGAGAAAUUCCAAACCCACCUGGACCUUCCUGUGUCACCUGCUCCAGGUGACCCUGCCUUGGCAGGGGUUAGACUGAUCUCCAGAGAUCACUAACAACCCUAAAGAUCCUGUGAUUGUCCUUAUGAACAACAUCAUUAAGAAGAAAUUUUUCCCGGUGAGGGUGGUGAGGCCCUGACACAGGGUGCCCAGAGAAGCUGUGGCUGCCCCAUUCCUGGAAGAUUUCUAGGCGCUGUUGGACGGGGCUUGGAGCAACCUGGGAUGGUGGAAGGUGUGGCCGUGUGGAAGGGCAGGGGGUGGAAGGAGAUGAUCUUUGUGGUGCCUUCCAACCCAACCCAUACCAUGACUCUAUUUCCGUGCCACACUGCCGUAAAGCGCGCCCUCGGGCCGGCCGUCCCGCGUACGCGGCGCUAAACGUGGUUGGCCGCCACGCUGCCGUGCGGCGAGGAAACUGCCGUGCAAGCGCCGUGGUGUCGCGGCGCGAUGUGGCGGGGCGCGGCCGCGGGGUUGCUGUGCGUGGCCGCCGCCUGCCUCCUGCGCCGCGGGUUCGAGCCCCGCGCCCGCCUGCUCAGCGCCGCGGAGCUGCGCCGCUACCGCGGGGCGCCGGGCGAGCCCGGGCUUUACCUCGCCCUGCUGGGACGGGUCUUCGAUGUGGAGCGGGGCCGCAAGCACUAUGGGCCCGGCGGCGCUUACAGCGGGCUCGCAGGCAGAGAUGCCACCAGAGCGUUUGCCAGCGGCGACUUCACCCCGGCGGGGCUGGUGGACAACGUGGCGGGGCUGUCACCCCCAGAGCUGCUCUCCAUCCACAGCUGGUUGAGUUUCUACAACGACAACUACGAGCCCGUGGGGAAGCUGGUGGGCAGAUUCUACGAUGAAAAUGGGGCACCGACAGAAGCCCUGAGGGAGGUUGAGGCUGCCAUUGAGGAAGCUCUCAAAUUCCAAGCAGAAAGUGAGCAGAAGAAGCAGCAGUUCCCACCCUGCAACUCUGAAUGGAGCUCUGCUAAAGGCACCCGGUUCUGGUGCUCCAGACAGAGUGGGGGAGUGCACAGAGACUGGGCCGGAGUCCCUCGGAAGCUGUACCACCCUGGCUCGCCCGGGAGCCGCUGUGUGUGUGUGAGGAGCUCAGGUCCCCCCUGGGGCCAGCCAGACUCCUCCCAGCACAGCGACAGAGGGGACCUGGAUCACCCUCACCUGGAGCAGUACGAGGGCUGCCACCCCCUGGCCCAGCAGUGUGUCCUCCUCACGGGCUGACUGCAGCUGCUGCAU